AUGGAGGUAGUGUUUCUGGAAAUGGUGUACCUGCCUGAGACACUCCGGAGGCUGGAGCAGGAGCACCGGAAGGCGGCGGCCGACGUGCAGGCCGCCGAGGGGGAGAGGGCGGAGGCGCAGGCGGCCCUGGCGGAGGCCAAGCGCGCCCUGCAGAGCCUACAGAAGCGGCACAGCGACGAGGAGGCUCGGGGCCGCGCCCUGCAGCACGAGCUGUUGCAGCAGCAGUCUUCGUCGGAGCGGCGCCGCCAGACGAUCGCCGGCGUCAGCGCGAGCCUGGCGGAGGAGGAGGCGGUCAGGGCGGCCGGGGGCGACGCCGACGCCACGGCGGCCAGCCUGGACAGCGUGGCCAGAAUGCGCAUGGCCUCCUACGAGAUGGUCCAGCAAGAGUGUCUGGCCAAGGACAGGCUUCACCAGCAGGUAAUGCAGGCGCGCGCCCGGGUGGCGUCCCUCAAGUCCCGCCUGCAAGCCUUCAGGCACUCGCCAGGCAGCGUGGAGCCGCUGAGGUCGCAGAUAAGACACCUGGAGGAGGCCGUGCUAGCACUCCGCCGACAGGUGAGCAAUCCGGACGACGCCCUGCAGGCCCUGAGGGAGCAGACGAAGGCGGCGCAGCAGGACGUGAGGUCGUACCGGCGCCGAAACGAAGACCACAUCGCCGAGCUGAAGACCGCGCUCGAAUGCGCCCACGCCCACAACUCGCGUCUCAACCUCGAGCUCAGCAGGCUGGAGAGGGAGGUGUGCAGGAUGAGGGACAGGCUGUAG